AUCCUGAAUUUGCAUUUAUUAAGGCGUUUAAUCAUUAUUUAAAUAAAGAUACUGCUUUUGAAAUUAAAAAACUCACGUUACCAUUAAAAUUUUACAUGUGGGCUCUUAAAAAAUAUGGUCCAGAUGCACAAAUUGCAAACCUGUGUUUUGAAGAUAUAUUUAAAGCGCGUGUCAGCUUAGAUCUACAAUUGCAUCAAAAUGUCAAUGCGGACAUACCUACUGGAAUAAACCAACACGGGUUUCAA